UUUAGAAAUGCUAUGAAAAAUGUCUGAAUUUUCUGAUUUUGAUGAUGAAGAAGGGGUUGAUGAACCUGUUCUCUCAGACAAUGACCAAGAUGAGAAGGAAGAGGAAGAGGAAUUCGAAGAUAAUCCCUUAACGCAGGAAACAAUACGAGAAAGUUUGUCUCUGUUGUGCAAAGUAGGAAAUGGGCUUUCUCAUGCUUAUGUUCGGUUAGAUAUUCAUGAAAGAGAAAUAACUGACAUCUCAAUCUUGACACAUUUUGUUCACUUACGAUAUGUGGACAUAAGUGGAAACAACAUCAAAGAUAUCUCUCCUUUGAAUUGUUUAAAAGAAAUGUUAACGUUAAAAGCCGACAAAAAUCAGUUGAAGUCAGCAAAAAUGGAUGAGCUGCCAUACCUUCAACAUGCUAAUUUUAGUGAUAAUAAAAUAUCAGACAUGGAGGGAAUCAUUCAUCCACUGCUUGAAGUAUUGAAUCUCAACGGAAACGAAAUCGCAGAAGUAAAGGGGUUAGAUCCACCUGAAUUGUCUCGGUUAACCACACUCGAACUACGAUCUAACAAGCUAACUACCACGGCUGGUAUCAGUCUUCAAAGCUUGAAAAAGAUUUAUCUCGGACAAAAUGCAAUCACGCAGAUUGAGGACUUGGCGAGGUUGGAACAUUUGACCAUUUUGCACCUGAGACAAAAUAACAUUAGCAAGUUGGAUGGAUUUUCCGAAAAUAUGAAACAACUGCAAUAUCUCAAUUUAAGGAAAAACAACAUUACAGAAUUUACCGAGCUGCACAAGUUAAAAUGCUUACCAAGACUCCGUGCUUUGAUAUUACGCGAAAAUCCUGUUUGUUAUGAAGAAGGCUAUCGAGUCGAAGUACUGGUCAUAUUACCGAGACUGGAACGUUUGGAUCAAGAUAUUUAUGAGGACGAGGAAAGACAAGAAGCCGAAGAGAUUUAUAAUCAGCGUGCAGAAGCCGAAAACCAGGGCGAUGGCGCUGUUGAAGUUAUUCAGUCCGAAGACGAAGAAGAAAGUUAAAAAAUGUAACGCCAACAGAACAUGAUUUUGAAGUUUUUUUAAAAAGUUUUGAGUGUUCAAAAAACAAUACGUUAUUUAUUGCUAAGGAAAGUUAAAGGGGCUACGAAGUGGUGGUCAUUGAUGUUAAACAUUACGCAUAUUCCGAAUAACAUCGUGUAAUAAACAGACCGCUCUAAAAUAUCCAGGUAAAAAUGUUUUAUGAGACGAUAGGCUAAUGGUUUUUUGCGAUAAAUUUGAUACUUUCUCUAUUUCUGUUUUGCAAAAUUUAUCACGUAAAGGUAAAAGUAAUUUUUUUUUCAUUAGGAAAUAUAGACAGCAUGAGGGACUGCAUUUGUUAAGAAUAUAAGAAUUUAAAGUUAUUGUGAGUUCUCUCUGAUCAAAGCAAAGUUUGGAAGAAUAUAAAAAGUUCAAAGCUUUUAUCAAAAAGCUUUAUUUAAACGAAUAGUAAGUCCUUUUAUGAAAUCUCAAGUUAUGGAUCUCAAUUAAAUGAAGGAAUUUUUUGUUGUUUUUGGUUUCUACUGUGAUAUUUAAGUUAGUUUAAGAUGUCGUUUUGUCCUUACUGAUCUUAAACUUUUCCCGCGCCAUAAGCUCAACUUUCGUGUAAGUCACUAAAGUCAAAAAUCAACAGACCGUUUUGUAGCCCCCUUAAGUUAUUGUUACCCGAAACGUUCGGCAGGUUUUUUCUCUACCGGUCUAGUUAACCACUGUGUAAAUCAGUACGUUUUUUAUUAGCAAGAGGAAUUUGGAAAUCAGGCUGGGAUAUUAUGCGAGAAGGAUUUUAGUAUGCCUACUCUAUGCUUAUUAGAGAAACAAAUUAAAAACUUAAACGAUGCCUUUUAAGUUAUGUGGAUAAGAUAAGAUGAUCCUGAUUUUAGUUUUUUUUAAAAAAACACCCACAAAACUAAAGAUCAACAAGGACUUAUGGUUAAGAAAUUCCCCUAUCUGAGCCUGAAUAUGCUUUUCAGAAAUAUGCUUAUAAAAACAUGUAUUGCUUUAGGUUGUUGGGAAAAGGCAGGGUUAAUUUUUUUAUGGAGUUUAUUUUUGUUGUUUUUGUACAUAACUAUUCUAAAUUAAUAUAUUCCUUAUUGUUGUAGAUAUUUCACCUUUAAAUACAUGAGUGGACGUA